CCUUCUCCCUGCCAAGAUACACCCUGGUCAUCUCUCCCCUCAGGCCUGGACCCACACUUGGGGGACCCCUGGCACCCCACUCCCACAACCCACGCACAGGGGAUUUCCCUCCCCCCCCUCAAGCUCCCUGAAUCUCCCCUUGACCCAUGCCCGGGGGAUCCCUGGGAUCCCCUGGCACUCGUGCCCCCAUACACACAGCCAGAGGACCCUUGACUCUCUGUCACCCUCCCACAUGCGGCUGCCCUCUGCCCCCUCACUGUCCCUUCCCCUGGCCCUUGUCCUUGCCAGCACAGCCCCUCCAGGCGGGGAUCAGCUCUUGCACUUCCUCCCUCCAGCAGCACCAGGCCUGAACUGAUGAAGGUGCAUGUUUCCCACCAGGAAACCUGCCCUUCCUUCUGAGGUGGCCCUAGAGACCUGCAAGCCCCCCCCCCACGCACCUGUAAACAUUGUAGAGCUGCAAUCGGUGAUCUCCAUCUCACCUGCUACUUAGAAGGAGCUGGGAGCUUUCUCCUCACCAUCCUUCAAAAUAAAAUCUGAGGAAGAAGAAUUUGCCACAGAAGCAGCAGAGGGACCUUGAUGUACUUCGACUGAGUCAUUCUCUGUGGUCUUACCCUUUGUGUCCCUUCUAGACCUCAGAAGACUCAGCUCAGAAUUAUUUAACCGAAGCCAUGGCAACAGGGAAUCCAACUGUGCUCCAAGGAUCAUCUCGGGACACGAAGCAAAGAAAUAAGCCCUUGAUAAAAGGCGUUCAAACUCCAAAUAAGGAAGUGAUCGGAUUAGAUGCCAAGAAGAUGUUAGAUCGAAGUCGGUCAAAACUUAAUACUCGUGAGACCCAAAGAAUCAUAUCUGUCUUGGAUGAGACGAUUGUCAAGCUGGAGCUGAGCAGUUUGAUCCCUUGUAUUAUUGACUCUCUGGAUAGGUUUGCUGAUAUGCUGGGCCCUGCGAUCACAAAUGACCUGAUUGAGCACCAAAAGCUUUCAAGCAAAGUGGAGGACCUACUCUCCAGCUUUCAAGAAGAGGACACGUCAAGAGCGGAGGAACAGAGGGACUGUCUUUGCUUGCUAGAGCAACAUCUGAAAAGUUCUGUUAGAAAUAUUCUGAGACGCUUGCUCGCCAACCCUUCACUUUGUCAGGCUCUGAAAUAUGAAGUCUGUGCAAGGCAGUCAUCAGCUGAAGCGUUUAUCAAGGCCUUUAGGGAGUUCAGGAAUUUCAUGCAUGAGAGACUGCUGACUAGUCUCUUAGAAGAGAAAGAAAAGAUUCAGUUCAUGGAAAACAUCUCCCGCCGGAUUACAAAAAACACUGAAACACUCACAGCUUUAAAGGCAGAACUGGCAGCAACAACCCAGUCUCGAGAUGAAAAGAUUCACAGGAAGGACAAUACGAUCAAAAAUCUCAAAAACUCCUUGCAAGAUGUAGCCAACAACUACAAGAUCAGUGUCCUGCAGAUUACGCAGGAAGGGGAAAACCAGCAAAAAGAGGAGCUGCGAUCUUCCCAGGCCAAGUGUGCCAAGCUACAGCAGGACAUUCAGCAGCUAAGAGCACAACUCUGUACGCUUGUACUGGAGCAUCGGGAAUCAGAGCUGGCUCUCAGAAAGAAGAAGUGCAAAGUAGAGAUGGAAAUUGAGAAGUGGAUCCAAAAAUAUGAUGCGGACAUGGGGGAAAAACAGGCUGAGUAUGAGGAGCUCUAUGCUCUCUACUCUGAGGAGAAGGCCCAGGUGUCCCUUCUGCAGGAGAAACAUGCAGUGCUUAUCCAGGAGUACUCCCAGAUUGAGGAGGAGCGCAGGAUACGUCAGAAGAAGAAGGAACGGGAUUUGGAGGAGUUGACCACCAUGACCCUUGCUGCCACCCGCAUCCAGGCCUUCUGGAGGGGAUACUUGGUCCGGUUAUUCUUCAAGUCGAAAAAGAAGAAGAAGAAGAAGGGAGGGGGCAAGAAGUCCUACAUAUAAGCACAAAAUCUAUUCUCUCUCCUCCGUUCUUUCCUCCUGGCCGAGCUGCUGGCUUCUGUGGCUCUUCCAGAUAAAAGCAUUAGCGAGACAGCCUUUGUACUCCGGCCCAAACUUUCCAGGGCUGGGGUUGGCUCUCAGAGUACAUCAAAGAAGUGGCAUGAAGACAUGUCUUAAUGUUUUAGGUUUAGCUCUGUUGCCUUUGAAAGGAGGAGGAUGUCUCUGAUGAAGGGACUGGACCAACCAGGAGUGCAGAUUCCUGACUAGAUUUAGUUCCUAUGCCCAAAUUGUGCUUUUGUAUGUCAGGUACCAAUUCUACUGUUACUGAAGGUGGCAAUAAAAUCAU